CUCAUACCUCACUGAACACUAUCAUCAUACAAUCACUUUCGUUUUGCAGUGACCAUGUCGUCUGUCGAACUCACUCCCUUCUCUUUCGCACAGGACAACCUCGCUCCUUUCUCAUUCGUGGUUCUUCUUGGGCUUUCGUUUACUUCGGUCAUGCUUGCAACUCUGACCAUGUGUUCUCAUGCGGACUUCAAUGCUUACUGGAGGAAAAUCAAUGCCGCCGCGAUCUGUGUCAUCACCCAGUGCUAUGUCUUGAGCAUGGCUACUGCGAUAGUGUGGUUCGGCAGCGAUGCUUCACUCCAGAAUUGCGAGACGCUGUAUAUGGUCUGUGCUGCGUUCUGGCUGAUGGGAAAGAGUAUGCUGUACAUGUGGUACAGUGAGAAGGUAUACUCUCACUGGAAGAGCGAGGGACUGGCCACGAGCCGGGCCAACGUCUUCAACAUCACGGCCAAUAUCGCCAUCUUGGGACCAUACAUGGUAGCCCUGCUCUGGGUCUUCAGCUCUUACGACGUAAUCCCCACCAGUCCCACCAAAACCUGCAGCAUCGGAAUGUCCUUCGUCCCAGCCACAACCUACCUCCUAGUCUACACGACUGUGGUAUGCCUCUUCAUCUCGAUGUCCUCCGUCUGGCCCUAUCUCCGGCGAGACCGGCUCAUACUGGCCGACGUCGCAUCUCCAUACCACCCCACCAUCCACCCGCCGGAGCAAUACCUCCAGCAGCGCAAGCAGAAAAAGAAAGCCAUCGUCGAUGCCGGGCUCAACAUUGUGACCUCGCUGGUUGCCAUCAACGUCCUGUGCGCGUUCCUGAUCUGCCCCAACGGCGUCACCUGGUUCAAUAUCGCUUCUGCUGCCGCGCUGGAUCUGGGCUUUGCCACGCUCGUGACAACGAUCGCAACGUGGAUGGAGAGGGACAUCCUGCCCGAUGAUGCUUCGGAAAUUACUCAAGAAAAAGUGCUUUGUGAUGAAUGUGCGUCGUAUGCUAGCAUGGAGAGUGACACGUUGCAUUGGUACGAUGUUUUGUGAUGGGGAUGGUGUGUGAUAUUACUGCUGUGACUCCCGCUCUUGCAUACUGACGGUUGCUUAUCUUCUUUGCUGGAGGAUACUUGCCAUUCAUUGUGUUGUUGCUUCUAUGUUUGUUCAUUGUCUCUGUCUGCUGAAUUCUUACCCUUGUUGCUUCUGAUUACUGGACAGGUUUGUUUUUCCAUUUUCUGGUUCUUCUUACUUCAAGAGAAGCUGGGCCUACUUUCAUUGCCUUUUUUCUUCUACUGUUUAGCGACAGAUCUUUGAUGUAUUAAUAUUGUGUGGACCCAAGCGCGGGAAAGAAACGUG